AUGGCCUUCUUCCAACCUCAGAUUCCAUCUCAGGAAGCGUCUACGAACCCAUACGGUUCUCCUUCGGCUACGAUUGAGCCGACACAGAUUUACCUCCAGCAGCUCCGCUCCAUGACACACCGUCAUAACCUCUUGAUCAAGAACGGCUUUGUCGUCACCCCACUUUCCCAGGCGGACAUUGAUGACAAGAAGCGCUGUAAGAGAUGUAAUGCUCGCUGCUCAAGCAAGAGGAACAGGUACAGACCGGAUGCUCAGGAUAACCAGAAGGGGCAUAAGAGGCCCCCGCAAAAACCAUCCACACCCCAGCCCAAAGCCAAGAUCGUACCCGUCGCUAGUGCCGAUGCCUCCGUCGACAAUGGCAUGGUGAAAGAGAAUGAAGAGAAGUCCACCAGGCCAGUCCUCAAAUGCCAGUAUCAUACCGGCCGCGUAAUUCGCAUGCAAUGGAAUUGCUGCCGAACUCAUGUCUCUGCCCCAGGCUGCACCUUCGCUCCAGACCACCUUACCAGAACUUAUGCUCCAGGCGACCUCCUCGCUCGCCAUCAAUUCCAUAGGACACCCUCAUCUCCUCUUCUCGACCUCAACCGGCGGCCCCUUGUUCCCAUCUCCGGCCAGACGGACCCCACUUCCUACACACCCUCCGGUCUGCCCCGUCAUCCCCGCCCCGCGGUAGCCCUGGACUGCGAAAUGGGCGUCGCGUUUGAUGGCGAAUCUGAGCUCAUCCGCCUCACGCUCAUCGACUACUUCACCUCGGAAAUUCUUCUCGAUAGUCUCGUUUAUCCAACGGUGCGAAUGCAGCAUUACAACACCAGAUACUCGGGUGUUUCCCGCCAGGACAUGAAUGAAGCCCGCGACAAGGGAAAGUGUCUCAUCGGAGGACUGGCCGCGGCCCGGGAGGAGGUGUGGAGGUGGGUGGGCCCCGAAACCAUUGUCAUCGGACACGCGGUGCAGAACGACCUCGCUUCCCUGCGCUGGAUCCACCCUCUGGUCGUCGACUCGUUGAUCCUCGCCACGGCAGCCAAGGCCGAGCAAGAGAAGAUGGCGGAAGAGGAAGAGGAGCGGAAGAAGGUUGUGUUGAAGUUACAGGAGACCGGUAUUGAUGAUGAUGACCUCAUCAUCUUUGACGGCCAAGAAACCUCAGAGACAGGCAAUUCGGAAGAGAAGGAGAAGCAGGAGCCGAACAGGCACAACAAGGGCGGCGGCCUUUCUCUCAAGUCCCUCGCACGCGAUCUUCUGGGCCGCGUUAUACAAGCCGGUAAGAUGGGCCAUGACAGCCUGGAGGACGCCUUGGCUUCUAGGGACUUGGUUCACUGGUAUGUGACGCAGAAAUGCGAAGAGCUGGAGGCUUAUAACCAGGACAAGGUCCAGGCGAUACCGGGUUUCUGGUGA